UCUCUUUUCCAGAUUUAGCCAAUUUCUUGGAGAUUCAUAUACAAAAACCCUUAAAACAGAAAGCUUGAGAGCUCAAUAAAUGUAAGAAGCACAUAACCAACCUCUCACUUUAUUCACCCUAUUCAUUUAUAACCUUCACUCAAGAAGCUUCUUUCUCUACUCAUCUUUUUGUUCAUACAGGACUCUUGAGUUUUCUGAAUAAUAUAAAAGACAAUAAACUUGAAACUUUGUUUCAAUGGAGUUUCUGUCUUUUCUUGUCUAAUCUUUUGUUUCUCCUUUUGUCUUUUACCUCUUAGCCCAAUCUUUGUUUGUUUCUUCCAUCAACCACAUAAACAAAAAGAACCUCAUCUCUAAACAAGUGUGUAUCCAAAGAUGAAAAAAUGUUGAAGCUUGUGGACAUGGAAAAGAAACUGAUAAUGCUACUGUUGCUUCUGCAACUUCUGUCCUUAAACUCUCUGUGUCUGGGACAGUCCUCAUCCAUACCAACUGCAAACAUCACUGUAAUGGGUCUUGUUUAUUGCGACGUCUGCUCUAGCAACAGUUUCUCCAAACACAGCUACUUCAUGCCCGGUGUUGAAGUGAGUGUAAUCUGCAGAUUUAAGGCAGCUUCUUCAAGAACUAGAGAGAUGCUAACGUUCUCUGCAAAUCAAACCACUGACGAGCUUGGACUCUACAAGCUAGACAUAACGUCUGUGGAAGGUGUUUCUUGUGCAGCAGAAGACGACAAAGAUUCUCUGACAGCUUCUUGUCAGGCAAGCUUGAUCAGUACCUCCUCGGAUUCGUGCAACGUUCCUGGCUACAAAACUACAACGGAUCAGGUCGUGUUUGAGUCCAAGAUGUCUAAUCUCUGUGUUUACGGAUUUAGCGCUUUGAAUUUCAGACCGUUUGAGAAGAAUAUUGACUUGUGUGGCAAGUAAUAGAAUCAUUGUUUUGCUUCUACAAGAACUCUGUUGUCUUCCUGUUCUCUGUUCUUUAUCUUUAGACUUUGUUUAUACAGUUUAUUUAUAUAUAGUGUUCGUUUGUACUAUAAACUCAACAUUCCAGAAACAAUAAAUUAAAUUACAAUA